UUACAACCAAGUUUUGUUGGUACUUUCUCGGUACUUGUUUCCCGCCGGUAAAUUUGUAAAUUUCAAUUUGCGGCCUCGCCAGCCAAACUGUCAUCCCGUACGGUAUCCCAGAGACUACACGUUCGCCCCCCGACACGUAAGUGCGAAAGUUUCUAACUCAAUACUGUUAUAUUGCAUACGCCACAAGCUCGCAACAGACGGAUAUCGCGGAAAUUAUCACUAUCGGGACCGUGUCGUGCUGUUGCGACCACCGUCGAUACUUUAACCGAACUGAAUCGUAAUAUUUCGCUAAUGUCGUUUGAUUUUAACAGGACGAUGGGCGAUUAUAUACACACAAACAUAGCUCAGGACAACGUAUCGAUGGUGCGUCUCGAGUUGGGGCAAAGCGAUCAAAUACCGUUGCGGCGACCAUUCGACCCGUUAAUCCACGACUUGGAUCCUCAUUUCAAGCUCACCCGGUUCGCCGAUCUCAAAGGACGUGGCUGUAAAGUGCCCCAAGAAGUCUUGAACAAGUUGCUGGAGGGUUUUCAACAAGAUGAGAACGGCCACAAUGAGCAGUCACAUUUCCUGCAUAUGACCAUGACCAAGAUCGGUAUUGGAAUGGAUGCCGCCGUCGUUCCCAUCAGACACGGUGGUCUGUCACUGGUCCAGACCACUGAUUAUUUUUAUCCGCUCGUCGAUGAUCCAUUCAUCAUGGGCAAAAUUGCUUGUUCGAAUGUACUGAGCGACCUGUAUGCUAUGGGCGUGACUGAAUGUGACAAUAUGCUCAUGUUGCUAUCUGUAUCAACCAAAAUGACUGAAAAAGAACGAGAUGUCGUGAUACCGUUAAUUAUGAAAGGUUUUAAAGAAACUGCAUUCGAAGCCGGCACAACAGUUACUGGUGGACAAACAGUAGUGAAUCCUUGGUGCACCAUUGGUGGUGUCGCAACUACAGUAUGUCAGCCUAAUGAAUUUAUUAUCCCAGACAAUGCGGUAGUUGGUGACGUUCUUGUAUUGACCAAACCUCUUGGAACUCAAGUGGCUGUAAACGCACAUCAAUGGGUGGACCAACAGGACAAGUGGAACCGAAUAAAACUAAUAGUUUCCGAAGAAGAUGUGAGAAAAGCAUAUCAACGUGCUAUGGACUCAAUGGCACGUUUAAAUAAAGUUGCUGCUAAGUUAAUGCACAAAUACAAUGCUCAUGGAGCAACAGAUGUAACUGGUUUUGGUCUUUUGGGUCAUGCCCAAACAUUGGCAAAACAUCAAAAAAACGAAGUGUCUUUUGUAAUUCACAAUCUUCCUGUGAUCGCCAAAAUGGCGUCUGUGGCCAAAGCGUGUGGCAAUAUGUUCCAAUUGUUACAAGGUCAUUCAGCAGAGACAUCAGGAGGCCUUUUAAUUUGUUUGCCCAGAGAACAAGCUGCUGCUUACUGCAAAGAUAUUGAGAAAGUAGAAGGUUAUCAAGCGUGGAUCAUAGGCAUUGUAGAGAAGGGCAAUCGCACUGCCCGGAUCAUCGAUAAACCAAGAGUAAUAGAAGUUCCAGCUAAAGAAAAAGAUGGAGAACUCUGGUAGGACUGCAAUUAUUGACUUAGUGCCAUUAACUUGAAAAGAUAUAAAGAGUAUGGAUUUUGUUUUAUUUCUUUUUAUUAUUUAGUAUCUAGCUCUCCAU